GAUUGAGAGGCUUUGCUGAGGUCUCAGCUGUGACGUGGGAUUUCCCCACCAACAAGUUACCUGUCUUUCAAGGUCUGAGCUCUUGGGUGACGUUAAGCAUCUGAGACACCUAAGGCUCAAGUAAGUGAGGCCCUCCCCGCCGCUACUCCUGGCUUAAUCCCACAGGAAAAUAAAAAAAAAUUUAAAGAUUUCUAAGAUAGAAAACCUAUCUAUAUUCAGAAUGGUGUUUAUAAUAAAGAGAGUAAAAGUUAGCUGGGUAGAAUGUAGGAUACAUGAGGGAAGCUGCUGCUGUUGAGAAAUCCACUUCCACUGUAGGAAUUGUAUGGAUAGACUGCUUACUAUGUAACGUAUUAUAAAGGGCAUAAUAUAAGCUAUAGACAUUAUGUGAAAGUCAAAAAUCACAAGAAAAAGAACUUAAAAGCUUCUUCAGGCUAGUAAUAGGGAAUUCUGACUUUUUUUUUACUUCUAUUUUUAACCACCUUGCAGUUUGUAAACCAAAAAGGUUUACAGGAAGGGUUAAAAAAUUCAUUAUCAUUAUGAAUGUUAAAAUUAAGGGCAUUGAAAGAAACAGAAUGGGCUGGAGAUGUGGCUCAGUGGUGGCAUGCCCUGUCGCACAUGCAGAACCCCAGCUUUGAUCCCCAACACUGGGAAGAAGAAACUAGGAAAGCAUCAAGCCCGUAUUUAUUUGAAGUCAGUUCCUUUGUCCACUCUAUGAUGACUGAACGCCUGUUGUGUGCUGACCUGUACUUAGGAGCUGCCGUCCAACGGUGGCGAUCUGAAGGAAGGGUAGCUGCAUGGCUGCACGUCCCCAUCCUGCAGAGCCACCUCAUCGCCCCUGCCGCUUCCCUGGGCUUUCACUUCCACCACGCAGAAUCCGAUUCCUCCACGCUGACCCUCUGGCUGGGAGAAGGACCCAGCAGACUGCCAGGAUACGCUACACACCAAGUAGGGGUUGCAGGUGCUGUGUUUGAUGAUAGCACCAGAAAAGUGCUGGUUGUACAAGAUCGAAAUAAAUUGAAAAAUAUGUGGAAGUUUCCAGGAGGCCUGUCAGAGCCCGGAGAAGAUAUCGGUGACACGGCAGUCCGAGAGGUGUUUGAAGAGACUGGGGUGAAGUCAGAAUUCAGGUCUCUGCUGAGCAUCCGGCAGCAGCACAGGCACCCUGGAGCCUUCGGGAAGUCAGACAUGUACCUGAUCUGCCGCCUGCAGCCGUGUUCCUUCACUAUCAACUUCUGCCAGCAGGAAUGCUUGACGUGUGAAUGGAUGGAUCUAGAAAACCUGGCCAGGACUAAAAACACAACCCCCAUCACCAGCCGGGUAGCUAGGCUAUUGCUGUACGGACACAGGGAAGGGUUUGACAAAAUUGACCUCAGCAUGGAGGAACUCCCGGCAGUGUACACAGGCCUGUUCUACAAACUCUAUCACAGGGAGCUGCCGGAGAGUUACACAGCCACAGCGGGGACAGAUGAGUGAGCCAAAGGUGGACACGGUCUGCGGCUAAUACCCGGCACCAGCUUUCUCACAUACAUGAUUUCCAUGAUGGAAAUUUGUAAAUGCACAUAGUUUUAAAUCCUCUUUUCUAAUCAAGAAAAUAAGUGAAAAAUAUUGUGGCUCUAAUCAUCACUGGGUCACAACCAAAGCUAUAAAAGGGAGAAUUCUAAA